AUGGAGCCGGCGGCACCAGCAGAGGCAGCGCUUCCGCCAGAGCUGCCGGGCGCAGUGGCUGCGGAGGGGCUACCGUGGGCGCUGGGCGUGCAGGCGAACGGGGUGGUGAAGGUGCACUUUGAGCGCGAGUGGCUCUCCCGCUCGCCCGCCGAUCGGGAGGUGGCUGCCGCCGUCGAGCACGCCUUCCGCGGCACCUGCGCCUUCGACAUCCCUCCCGACUACCAGUUGAGCAUAGCGCCGGUGAAUCCGUUCGCGGAGGCGGGCCUCCGGUCGGACUCGCUGCGGCAGUUCAUCCAGCAGCGCGGCUUCUUCAUGAUCCACGUCAAGCGCGGGGCCGAUCCCCUCUUCGUGUCCGCACAAGACCACGCGCUGAUCGCCCGGGAGGACGGGGGCGUAGACUACCGACGGAUGGAGGAGCUCAUGCAGGAGCUCGAGGAGGAGAAGCGGGCGCGGCGCAAGCUCGAGUGGGAGCUGGUCGAGGAGACUGAGGCCCGGACCGAGCAGGAGCGGCAGCUCAAGGCCGAACGCGCCCACAACAACCUCCUUCGCCAGCGGAUAGCGGAGCUGGAGGAGCAGAUGGGAGCGGCGUUGCGCGGGGCGCGCCAGGCCGUGGGCGCGCUCGAGGAGGGCCUCGCCAUCUCCGCCACGAGCCUUGCCUGGUCCUCCUCCUCUUCAUCGUCGUCAUCGACGUCGUCUGGCGGCAAGGGCGGCGGCCAUCGGGGCGGGCGAAAGGGUGGCCACAAGUGA